AUGGCCAUUACCAACACAUCAUAUGCUGAAAUCACCACCUUCCUCUUGGUUGGGAUGCCAGGGCUAGAACAUGCACACAUCUGGAUCUCUAUCCCUAUUUGCAGCAUGUAUCUUACUGCUAUUCUGGGAAACUGCACCAUCAUUUUCAUCAUCAAGACAGAGCCCUCCUUACAUGAGCCUAUGUACUAUUUCCUUUCUCUGUUGUCCCUGUCUGACUUGGGUUUGUCUUUGUCUUCUCUGCCUACCAUGUUGAGGAUCUUCUUGUUCAAUGCUCCUGAAAUUUCAGCCAAUGUCUGCUUUGCCCAGGAAUUCUUCAUCCAUGGAUUCACAGCACUGGAGUCUUCAAUCCUCCUGAUCAUGUCAUUUGACCGCUUCUUAGCCAUCCACAACCCUCUGCGAUACAGCUCCAUCCUUACAUCAGUCCGAGUUGCCCAAAUAGGAAUGGUGUUCUCCUUUAAGAGUAUCCUCCUGGUUCUACCCUUCCCCUUCACUCUGAGAAGCUUGAGAUAUUGUAAGAAAAGCCAGCUAUCCCAUUCCUACUGCCUCCACCAGGAUGUCAUGAAAUUAUCCUGUUCUGACAACCGAAUCGAUGUCAUCUAUGGCUUUUUUGGGGCACUCUGCCUUAUGGUAGAUUUCAUGCUCAUUGUUGUGUCUUACAUCUUGAUCCUCAAGACUGUGCUGGGAAUUGCAUCCCGAAAGGAGCAGCUCAAGGCCCUCAAUACUUGUGUUUCACACAUCUGUGCUGUGGUUAUCUUCUAUCUGCCAAUCAUCAACCUGGCCAUUGUCCAUCGAUUCGGCCAGCAUGUCUCUCCCCUCAUUAAUGUACUCAUGGCAAAUGUUCUCUUACUUGUACCUCCACUGAUGAACCCAAUUGUUUAUUGUGUGAAAACCAGGCAAAUCAGGGUUAGAGUUGUAGCAAAAUUGUGUCAGAAGCAGAUAUAA